GAAAAAAAAAAGAAAAAAGCAAAAUAACAAAAUACUCCAAAGAGUGUCAUGUCUUACUCUACAACUUUUUCGGUCUGACCCAUUUUGAUUCACAAAAACUGCAACUUCUCUUCUCCCUCGUUCUUCCCAAAAUCUCCACGCUCAGCCUCUUCUUUAUUUUGUUUUGUUCCUCACAGUAUAUACUUUUUCUUCUAACCUUUUACUUCUCUCUGACUUCAAGCUUUUUCUUCCUAGGGUUUCUCUUUCCAAUGGCUCUACCUCUCAAUCCAAAAGCUCCUGAAUUUUAUCCAAAAACUCGAGCUCAAGAACCGAACUUCCCUUCACGCUCCACUUUCAGUGUUAAGCCGGGAAAGCUCAGGCAACCCAGAUGUCUCCCUCCGAGAUUGUUGAAGCAAAAGGUUUGGGUCCACAAAAACCGAAACUUUUUGCCAAGAAAACCUCUUCCUCCUCCAAAAGAAUCUGAGCUCAAAUCCCUUCCUUCUCCACAAGAAGAUACAUUCAAAUCUCUAUUUGGUGACAAAACAUCUGUUAUGAUUCGAAACGUUCCGAACAUAUUUGGACGAAAGGAUCUUCUGAGGAUUUUGGACAAUCAUUGUCGAAGAGAGAACAAAGUUCGACAACAAACUCCUUCUUCCUAUGACUUUCUCUAUUUGCCCAUGGAUUUUGUGAAACACGCAAAUUUAGGUUACGCUUUUGUGAACUUCACGAGCUCAGUCGCGGCUGAGAGAUUCCGGAGAGAAUACGACAAUUUCUUAUGGGUAGACUUUGGGUACAAGAAGAUUUGCAAAAUCUCUGUAGCUAAGUAUCAGGGGAAAGAAGAGUACUAUCAACAUUUCAAGGACUCGAGGUUUCCGUGCCACACCGACGUCUAUCUUCCGGUGAUUCUCUCCCCUCCUAGUGAUGGUUUCACACGUUAUAGCCUCAGGACCCUCGGAUACAGAGUCAGCAUACGUGGCAGUGGCCCACGUCGUGGCAUCCAGGUCGCUUGAUCCUUUAGGGUUUCGAAAAAGAGAGGAUCCUUGUUUUCAUUCCUCUCCCGAUGACGUGACGUCACGACUUGGGUGAAAUGUAAACAUAACUUUUCUCUAUAUUUCUAUCGUUCGCUUAAUUACUUUGCUACUCACUACUACUAGUUUCCGAUUAG